AUGCAGCUCACAAAUUUACCCAACGAGAUUCUAGCAGAGAUCGCCCAUCACACUCUUCCACAGGGCUUUGAAAAUUUCAAAGCUACAUGCAAGCAUACUCAUGAAAUAUGUGCUCCACUUACGAAGCGGCAUAACUAUAUGUGUGAACACGCCUAUUUUUCCAGUAAGGGUCAGUCAGCUUUUACGUUGAUAGAUCGGAUUACUGCUACGCCGAUUUUGGGUCGUUAUAUUGAAUACGCAUACUUGCGGAAAGUUAGUCUACUUCGAGUUGGCCACGACGGGACUAGAUUACCGGAAGACUACACAGAAUCAGAGCAAGUGCUGAUUAAAACACUUUUUGCUAAAUCUUCCUUCUUGAAAGAAGUUGGUCUUGACUGGGAGAAAUACUAUGCCCAGAUUUCAUCGGAAAUGUGCCAUCAUAGACUUGCCGUUCCAGAACGUAGAUCAUAUGGCUAUUCACAACAUGCAUUUAUGUUUUUGUUGACUCUCCUACCAAAUCUCAAAGUGCUGGAACUGCCCACGUUUUGGCACCCGACGACCUCCGAUCAAAAACCCAUCGAGACCAUGGUUGAUAGAGCUAGGCAGAUUCAUCCCCAUCGUCAGCCUAUUCUGUCCAAUCUCUCUGAUAUCAUAUUCGAAGGGCUAUCCGAAUACAUGAGCACCGCGCCAUAUAGCCUUCCAGAUGAUAAAUUGGUUGAUUUAGUAUUGGUAACACCUUUUCUAGCUCUUCCGAAUUUAAGACAUUUCCGGUAUUCCGACUGUAUAGCUUAUGACUAUAGCCAAUCAAUAUCGAAAUAUCUACCUGAUGGCUUUGAAUCCUCUCUUGAGUCGUUGCAUUUGACAAACGCAAAUGUCAGUGCCACGUCUAUUUCACAAAUUCUUAAACACACACCACACCUCAAGAUCAUGCAUUAUAAUCAUCGAUAUCACUCUUCUGAUAGGCCUGAGUUUGGUCUCUGGCCGUUCAUCCAGGCAGUUGAAUCUGAGGUUGGAGCUCAUUUGGAGGAGCUAUCUUUAUCUGUGGUAACUCUCGCUCUCCCUCUUCCCACCCCCAGAUUUGGUGAGUGGAAGCAGCCAGCGAGAUCACUAUGCAAUCUACAUGGCUUCAAGAAACUGCAAAGGCUCGAAUUGCCGCAGCAAAUGCCCAUCUACAAGAGUUACAAUGAGUACGAAUCUCGGAUCAUUGAAGAAUCGAUUCUUAGUGAUAUGGUUCCCCCUUCAGUAUCCCGGCUAUCUGUGCGAGGCAAUCUGAUGUUCGAAGAAGACGAAAAAUUCUACAGAGCGAAAGUUGAUAUCAUAUUCGGUGAUUUUGCGUCCCAAAAAGAUCUCCAUUUCUCUGCUCUUGAGGGGAUAGCCCUUGUAGAAACUGUAAACAAUCCGCGGACAAUUCUCGAUCUGGAGAAAUUAGGGGUGAAGGUGUGGAAAUUUCUUGAUCAUUUGUCCCCGAUAAAUUGGACUGAAGAAGAGCAUUUUCGUGAUGAGAACUGGUAG